CGGGGGUGCGGGCGGCGGGCAGCGGGCGAGGCCGAGGCCGAGGCCGGACCCAGACCCGGAGCGGCGGUUGGAAGCGGCGGCCCCGGGCCCAGGAUCGGCCCCGGGCUCAGCGUCGGCGGGAGGCCCCGGGCCCGGGAUCGGCCCCAGGCGCAGCAUCGGCGGCGGGCGGGCGGGCGGCCUCGCACUCAGGCCCCGGGCCCAGACCCACUCCUCCCGCAAACAUUUCUGGAGCUGGCGGCGACCCCGCGGGGGCACCGUGGACGAAGAGACGGCGACCAGCCCGAUCGUGUCUGCGGCGUUCACCGGAGACCGGAGCUGUGACAACCCCACCCCAACAUGGAGGCGGAGAAUGCAAUGAUCAUCGAGCACCAGUACAUGUGCUCGGAGUGCGGGCAGCUGUAUAACACCCUGGAGGAGGUCCUGCUCCACCAGCAGACCCACGUGUGGCUGCAUGUGUACGUGUGCCCCGAGCUCGGCGAGUCCGAGGUCAAGGAGCUGGGCCUGGCGCAAGAAGCGGGUGAGCCCGAGAGCCGGUUCCAGUGCCUGGAGUGCGGGCAGCUGCUGAACGCCCCCGAGGAGCUGCUACAGCACCAAGGCAUGCAUGCCAAGGAGGGGGCAGUCUGUGCGAAGCUGGAGGACGGCAGCGCGGACGACCACGUCGCCCUGGCGGAGACCACCCACCAUUAUGAAUGCUCGGAGUGUAUGCAGAUCUUCCUCACCUCGGAGGAGGCGCUGGCUCACCAGCAGGAACACGGCGGGGAGCCCGGGGCGCCCGGGGGAGAGGGGGCUCCCCCCCCGCAGCAGUGCUCGGAGUGCGGGCAGGUCCUCGGCACCGUGGAGGAGCUACUGCAGCACCAGGGGCUACAUGCCAAGCCCCCAUCCCAGGACGUGCCGCAGGCCGAGGGCCGGCCAACCUCUCCCCCUCCCCCUCCCCCUGCCCCUGCCCCUCCCGCCGCGGGCAAGGGGCAGCACCUGGAGUGCGCCGAGUGCCGCAAGACCUUCACCACAGCGCGGCGGCUGCAGCAGCAUCAGCGGAGCCACCGGAGCCAGGCCCACGACUGCCCCGACUGCCGCCGCUCCUUCAAGAAGCCCUCGUCGCUGGAGCUGCAUCGGCGCAGCCACAAGGGCGAGGUGCUGUACCUGUGCACCGACUGCGGCCGGGGCUUCAGCACCGAGGCUGCGCUGGUGCAGCACCGCCGGCUGCACACCGACGACCCUCUGCACCGGUGCGCCGAGUGCGGCAAGGCCUUCAACAACAUGACCAAGUUCCUCUACCACCGACGCACCCACUCCGCUGGGAAGGGCGCCCCGGCCAGGAGGGAGCGGGAGCGGGACCGGAAGGACGGUCCGGCGGGGGAGCCGGAGGUGCCGGACCCGCCGCCGCCGCUGCCGCCCCCUGCCGCAGAGGAGGGCGGCCCCCACCGCUGCGGCCUGUGUGACAAGGAGUUCGGCAGGCCGGGCCAGCUGCUGCGGCAUCGCCGGCUGCACAACUGCGAGAGACGGCACAAGUGCCAGGUGUGCGGCAAGGCCUUCCGCAAGCCGGUGCACGUCAAGAACCACAUGCGGACCCACACUGGCGAGCGGCCCUUCCAGUGCGCCGAGUGCGGCAAGACCUUUACCACGCUGGCCAACCUGAUGCGGCACCACCAGACCCACACCGGCGAGCGGCCCCACAAGUGCGAGUUCUGCCCGCGGGCUUUCGCGCAGUCCUCCAACCUGCAGCAGCACCGGCGCAUCCACACCGGCGACCUGCCCUUCAAGUGCCCCGACUGCCCCAAGGCCUUCGGCCGCGCCUCCAAGCUGCUGGCGCACCGCUACUGCCAUACUGGCCAGCCCCCCUACCAGUGCGCCGACUGCGGCAAGGGCUUCGCCCACCGCCGCCGGCUGGACCUGCACCGGCUGCUGCAUGCCGGUGAGGUGCCUCACCGCUGCCCCGACUGCGGCCGCCAGUUUGCCGACGGCUCCCGGCUGGAGGAGCAUCGCUGCUCGGGGCGCUGCGCCCGGCCCUUCGAGUGCACCAGCUGCGGCAAGCGCUACGGCUCGCCGGCCGGCCUGCAGCUGCACCAGCGCAGCCACACCGGUGAGCGCCCCUUCCGCUGCGGGCAGUGCGGCAAGGCCUUCGCCGGCAGCGCCAAUCUGGCGCUGCAUCAGCGGCGGCACAGCGGCGAGCGGCCCCACCACUGCCACGACUGCGGCAAGCGCUUCGGCUCCUCCUCCAGCCUGCUGCUGCACCGGCGCACCCACACCGGCGAGCGGCCCUUCAAGUGCACCGACUGCGGCAAGGCCUUCAAGCAGUCCAACCACCUGCGGGAGCACCGGCGGACCCACACCGGCGAGCGGCCCUACAAGUGUGAGACCUGCGGCAAGGGCUUCGUGCAGUCCAUGCACCUGCUGGACCACCGGCGGGUGCACACCGGCGAGCGGCCCCACCGCUGCCGCAAGUGCGGCAAGAGCUUCAAGACGCCCUCCAACCUGCGCAGCCACCACCGCACCCAUGCGGAGCAGACCAUCGUCUGUGCCGAGUUCGGUGACGCCUUCGCCAUCCCCAACACCAUCGUGGGCACCAUCGAGAUCUAUUAGGGCUCCGUGGGGAGGGAGGGGUCCGCGCGUGCCUCUGUGUGUGCGCGCGAGCGCGUCUGUGUGUGUGUGUGUGUGUGCACGAGCGCGCGUCUGACCGGACCGGGUUGGGUCAGAAAGCGUGGCGCCCCCA